AUGACGACGGCGUCGUCGAUCUUCGUCACGCACGGCGACGAGGGCGACGUCGACGAGCCCUUCACCGUGAAAUUGGCCCUGAAGCCGGGCAAGGGCGCCGCGGCCCGCAUCCUGCGCCAGUUCUGCAAGGUGCGCAACGGGAAGCGGCCCGGCGCGCCGCUCGACGCGGAGGACUACGCCCUCGCCCACGACGCCGCGGGCGCGCGGAAGAUCGCGAGCGACGACGACGUGCGCUUCGUGAUUCCAGACGGCGGCGUCGCGUUCGUCGUCGCGCGGCCGGCGCCGCCGCCGGAGCUGAAGCGGGGCUUCCUCGCCGCGCCGGCCCCGGCGCCGGCGCCGAGCCCGGCGAAGCCCGGCAAAGCGACGAAGCUCAAGAAGGGCUUCUUCAACACCGCGAAGAAGAGCGCCGGCGCGCCGACGCCGACGAAGAAAAAGGUCGACGACGAGACGUACGCGACGACGCCGUCCAUCGCGCUCCAGCCCUGGACGCAGACGGCGCGCGGGGCCGCCUCCGAGUUCCGCGACGCGAACGUCCGCGAGCUCAGCCACCGCGUCGCCGACAUCGACAUGAAGAUCGACGCGUGGGCGACGAGCGUCUACACGGCGCCUUCCGACGAGACGAAGGCCGAGGAUGUCCCCCCGCACCCGACGUCGCCCGUCUCGCCGGAGCGGGGCCAGGUCUCCUUCCGCUCGACGGCGAGCAAGGAGGCUCGCCCGGUGAAGCACUUCGCGAAGCGCGGCAACGACUUCUUUUACCACGGCAAGGGCUACGUCCACGCCGGCGGCGUCGAGAUCUUCCCGCGGCGCCAGAAGCGCUGGUUCAAGCUCGUCAACCCGACGGACGCGUCCUACCGCGCGUGGACGUGGCUCCUCAUCCCCGCACUGAUCUGGACGGCCGUCGCGCUGCCCUUCGAGAUGGCCUUCAUGGGCUUCACGCUGUCGGUCCACGCGCGCACGGCGUCCCACGGCGGGCGCUUCCUCUUCACGGUCAACCGCGCCUGCGACCUCUACUUCGCGGCCGACUUUCUAUUGAUGUUUAGCGUCGCGUACUUCGACAACAAGCACGACGUCUGGAUCCUCGACCGGCGGCGCAUCGCCGCCAAGUACCUGCGGGGCUGGUGCGUCGUGGACCUCGCCUCCAUCGUCCCCUACGACAUCUUCGCCGACGACUCCUACGGCGGCGUCCACUUUCUGCGGCUCAUGCGGUUCUCGCGCGCUCUCAAGCUCAUCCGCGUGUCGCGCGUCGGCCGUUUGAUGGACUGGUGCAUCUUGUACCUGGGGCUGCCGUUCCGGUCCGUGGUCAUGCUCAAGUGCGGGUUGGUGUUUUUCUUCACGCUGCACUGGGGCUGCGUGGAAAGCGACCGCCGGCACUGGGGCGCGUGCUCCUGCCGCAUGGUGCUCGACGAGUGCGCGGACCCGAAGCGGUAUCUGGGGGACAUGUCGAACCACGGGCAAAACCUCUAUGUCAAGUGCGUCGACGAGGCCGUCAUCAUCUUCGGCAAGGGCGUCUUCCGCGAGUACCUCGACGCGCUCCACUGGUCCAUCCGCGCGAUGUUCGGCGACGCGGACGCGCCGACGAUGGGUCUGGACGGCCUCGCCAUCUUCCUCGCGCUCUGGGGCCUCUUCAUCACGUCCUACCUCAUCGGCGAGGUGGGCAACGCCGUCUCCAACGGCGACCCGGCGAGCACCAGUGCGGGCACGGAGUACCGCGCGACGUGCGACAACAUCCGGUCCAUGGCGCGGCGCAACAGCUUCCCGCCGGACUUGAGGGACCGGCUCCACAAGUUCCUGCUCCACAGCGACGCCAUGUUCCACAGCGUCUUCGAGCGCAAGAUGCUCAUGGGCCUGUCGCCGGCGGCGCGGAAACCAACCGCUGGGUCGCCGGGCCUCCAGCACACGAUCGCGAUGGAGCAGCUCGGCGCGCAGGUCGGCGGCAUCCCCUUCUUCCGCUACGCCAUGCUGCGCAGCGUCAAGCUCGGCAAGCGGCAGCGGGUCUCCGUGAAGUGCUGGAACGAGGACGACGACGAGAUGGCGCUGCGGCGCGCCGUCGUCCGGCGGCCGCACGGCACGAACGGCACGGCCGUCGGCGUCGACUACGUCGACGGCGCGCUGCCGGAGAGCGAGGACGACGUGAUCCUCGACCGCAUCGUCUGCGGCCGGGACCCGGAGACGCUGCGCUGCAACCGCGAGGUCCACGCGUUCGUCCGCGAUCUGAGCGUCGCCGCGACGUCGCGCGCGUACAUGACGGGCGAGACCCUGGUGCACCAGGGCAUCUCCUGGAACGACGAGCUGUUUAUUCUGGUGGAGGGCCGGGCCGUCGUCUUCGACGCGACGCGCCACGCGAUCCACGGCAAGGAGCUCGUGACGCCGCGGACGAACGCCGUCGUCGGCCGCGACAUCUGCGCGUACCUCUGCAACCGGAAGAAGGUGCCGCGCAAGUACACGUGCAAGCUCCUCACGCAUUCCCUCGUCUACGCCGUCGACGCGGAGACGUUCUGCGACCUGCUGAGCCGCGGCCACUACAAGGCCCUGUAUAGGGGCAUGGCGUUCUACGGGAGCUGGAUCGUGCUCCGGAACGCGCUCCUGGCCUGGGUCGACGAGCGGCGGGCGCGCCCGCCGGAGAAGCCCCGGCGGAAGUCGGGCGUCGUUUUUCUGGAGACGCCGCCGCCCAAGGCGAAAUCGCCGCUCGCGCUUCAAGCCGCCGCCCCCGCGGAGCUCCGGCCCCGGUCCGGCGCGGCCAUCCUCGCGCCCCUCGCGGCGCCGGACCCCGACGUCGCCGCGCUCCUCCGGGCGCAGGCGGCCGCGCUCGACGCGCAGCGCGACGCGCUCGCGGCCCUCGCGGCCAAAGUCGACGCGCUCAUCGACCGGCGGCGGCCCCCGGCCGCGGACGACGGCCGGGCGUUCCUCCCGGGGGCGUAA